AUGGAAGAAAUAAAACGAAUGGUAUGUUGUUUUAUUGGUGCAUAUGGAGUUGGAAAAUCGUCAAUUGCUAAAAGUUUUGGAGAGGACAAUAUUGUUUUGGUUCAAGACCCUACGUUAAGUGAACGUUAUUUAAGAAAAUUUUAUAUAGAUCAAAACAUGAUUUAUAUUGAUGUUAUUGAUAGUCUAACAAUUGGAGGAAUUAUGUGGAUAGCUGGGGAGUCAAAGGUUGAUGUUAUCAUAUGUGUAUUUUCUCUAGGAAAUAAAGAGUCAUUUAAUACAAUGAAAAAAUUACAAAAAGAAGUUGAGAGCUAUUUAAAAUAUAAAGUUAUUUGGAUUGUUUGUGGUACUAUGGCAGAUUUACCAAAACAUAUUGACCAAAAUGAAAUUUAUAAAUAUGUGAGAGAAUUAAACUCAAAAUAUUAUGAAGUAUCACUUUUACAUCAAAAUAUAGAUAUUAUAUCAAUUUUUAUUCAAGCUGCUUAUGACUGGCUUUUAAUAGACAAUAAAGAAACAAAUUCAGACUCUGUUGAGAAGAGUCAUUGUACAUAUUUAUAA